AUGGUCUUUGGAAGCAGAUCUUGGACAGGGGAGGAAGUUGUAAAAACAGCCCAAAAAGCUUGUGGUGAGUUCUUGGAUGCUUGCAACAACCAAGCCUCUUCUCGGACUGUUUCUGUGCUUGUCUCCAACCCUCUCUCCUUUGAUGAUGUUGUGAUUGGAGAGGCCUUGGCUAUUCGAGAGGGUCUGUUGGAGGCGAUUUCUGAGGGUACUCUCUCGGUCAUGGUAGAGAGUGAUAGUUUGCAGGUCAUUUCUUAUCUCCAGGACCCGUUGAAGCCGGCUGAUUUGAAGGUGGCACCGAUCCUGGAAGAUAUUAGGCACAUCGUGUCUUAUUUGGAUGUUUGUAGUUUUGUCUUUAUUUCAAGGGCUGCUAACUCUAUUGCAGAUUCCCUUGCCAGGAGGGCCCUAUCUGUUUCGGGAAGGAUGGUUUGGCCCAUUUCUGAUCCCUGGUUAGCUGAGGUUACUGUCUCAGACACCAGGAGUUCCUCCCGUUCUCUUCAAUAA